CCCCUCUCAUUAUGUUCUUAGAUCGUUCCUGUUGGCUGUCUUUUGGAAGAAGUUCCGGCACAGACUAGAACUUCGGGAACUAUUUUUCAAAUCCACCUGCUAAAUACACACAGACCAAGACAAACAAAACCCGUUGAGCCUGUCUUUGAGAACACAGCAUUGAACAAAUCCAACGCUACAUAAAUGAGGACUAACUUUGUGGAACAUCAUCGCUUUCUGAUGUCCCUGGCAAACCUCGGCACUUGAUCUUGGACAAUUCUACAGGAAACCAUUGCGACUGCAGAUUGCUGGAAAACAGCUUCUCUCCUCUUUUAGGGCUCAAUGCCAUGCGUGAGUCAUCGGCUCAGCCUGACUGGACAAUGGAAAGCCUGCACUCUCCUGCCAUGAGCAUUGCCGACAGUUACUAUGAAGAAAGGCUCGGAUCCCCGCCCCCUUCCGGGCUCCUCAAACCCAAACCCAGCACGAGCUGCCGGCGCAAACGGGAGUUCAUCUCGGACGAGAAGAAAGACGCCUCCUACUGGGAGAAGAGGCACAAGAACAACGAAGCCGCCAAGCGCUCGCGGGAGAAGCGCCGCCUCAACGACGCGGUCCUGGAGAAGCGCGUGCUGGCCUUGAACGAGGAGAACGUGGGCCUCAAGACCGAGCUGCUGCAGCUCAAGCUGCGCUUCGGGCUGAUCAGCACCUCCUCCUACGUGGAGAAGAGCCAGCAGCUGAGCGCCUGCUCCGUCAACCGCUACUUCGCUUCCAGAGGCUGCUCCAGCGGCUCCCAGGUCGCGCUCCAGUCCGAUUCCUCCGAGGCUGAGCAGUCGAGCCAGGGCGGGGGGCACACCCCUCUGGCAAAGUACUCGCCCCGCGGCUCCCUCUCCGACAUGUCCGACAGUUCUUGCAGGGGCAGCCCCGAACCUAUGAACUACGACCUGAAACCAUCCCACUUGGACCUUUCCCCUUCCCCCUCCUCCUCCCCCUACUCCCCCUCCUCCUCCUCCUCCUCGGAGCAGGAGAACCCUGCGGUGAUGUUCCGGAGUUCAUCCCACCGCCACGAAGCGGGAACGGCUUUCCAUCACAGGCCGACGCCCCCCCACAGGGGCGUGAUCCUCUACAGAAACAACGGCAGCUCUUACCCAGUGGAGCCUCCACAAGACCCAGAGCAACAGCAGCAGCACCCAGCCUCCCUGGAAGAGCUCGGCACAAGCCAGGCUCUGUCCGGCUACCUGUACCCAGCUCCCCAGCCCCAAAUCCUAGCCCCUGCAUCUCCUCUUCCCUACGAACCUUCAAGUCUGGCAGGGCAGGAGACCUACAGUCGCCAGUCCCCGGCGCCACCCUACGCGGCGGACUUCUUGAAACCCAGCUGCACAGCUUUUGAGCACCCCUACCCCAGCCCCCCGUCCCACAGCUACGCGGACAGGAGGCACGGCUACUUCCACAAAGCCUCCGCUAAAGAUUGUCCAUCCUCCUCCUCCUCCAGCAAGGGCAGUCCCAAGAGCUCCGAUAAAGACGCAUCCACCGACGAAGACUCCCCGGCCUCCUGUCCAGAGAUCAGAGGCUACCACUGCCUGUCCGCCCCACCUCUGUCCCCAUUCCCCCAAACCGACUCCCAGACGGAGAUCAAAGCGACCGCCUUGCCCCACAAACUGCGACUAAAGUACCGGGCGCUCGGCAGUAGCUUAGAGGCUCCCGUCCUGCCACAGCACCCCUACCUAGUGCUCUCUCACGGCAACCAGCAAGCGGGCAGCGAGAGGGACGACCGCAGCGAGGAAGAGGCCUACCAGACGGCAGUCGGGUCCUGCAAACCGCGAGAAGGGGAGUCGGAAAGGUGGGCCAUUAAAAGGCGCGACUAGAUUCUAAAGACUCUAAGCACCCCUGGUGAGGUCGAGGUGGAGCCUGCACAGCACUUGAGAAUUUUCUCUGCUGCAGGGCGUAGAAGGACUAGGGGAUGAGGGAUGGGGGGAAAAAGGGAAGGGAAACGUACUUUCUUAGACAGGUUUGGAACUAGUCAUAUGAAGCUAACAAGACUCACGCCAAGCUGGCUUUUACAUUGCAAGAACGUUUUCUCGACCAAAGAAACUAGUUCCAUUCACCGCCCCACCCACCAUGCCUCCUAAAAUGUUUUUUUAUUAUUUUUUUUUUUUUUUACAAGCACUUGGAUUGUAAAUUUGAAUGUGAUAUAUAUAUAUUUUAAAUAAGAUAACGGGAGAUGAGUGAACGGGGGGCGUUGUGUGUUGAGACUGCCGUGCUGUUUAACUGGUGUUUCAGUCGCCAGGCAGACCCCUUCAGAAAGUGGCGCGGUGUCGAGGGAUUGGAGCAGGCUAGGGAGCUGUGCACUACGAGAGCCGGUUCUUGAAGUGGGGCACUGCUGGCUGUUUCUAGGGUUUCUGAUCGUUUUGUUUCCGUUUUGAAGUUCUUUAAUAUUGAGUCCAUUCCCUCCCCCUGUGGGUUUUGACGACUCCCUGUUCCAGAACAUUCUGUUAUGCUGCUGCU